ACACAGGGAAAUUUUCUCGUCUUGAUAUCUCCCUGGUUUGUAGGCCAACACGGAUACUGUUUUACUUUAAAGGUGUCUGCGGUGCAAAAACACCACAGAAAACUGGAUACGCACAGGACGUCAAGCAUCCUCUAGGACGGCUUUUCCGGACGCAGUACGUGUACUGUACGACUUGGCUUGAGAAUCGACCAUGGAUCUGGACGCGGUUCAUGAUGUGAAUUCCUUCGGUGACCAGACGAUGAUGCCUGUUCACAAUAACAUCUUGGAAGAAAAUAUGCCUUAUGAAGCUGCCUUUAGUUAUGAUGAAUUGUUCCCAUCCCUCCCUGAAAAUGAAAUGAAACCAGAAGCACCAUCUGUUGAUAUGGGACAAUGGACGCAGAAAAUGAAAGUGAAGUCUUCAGUUAUUACUCAGGUUUUCCGUGUGCCUGUAGAAGAGCGCAAGUUUCGGGACAUGAAUAGCCAGCGUUUUGGUGAACAAGGGGAACAAGCAAAAAUCUGCAGUGACAUCAUGCAGAAAACUGGUGCGCAUAUUGAAAUAAGUUCAUCCAAAGAUCAGAGCCUCACCAUCUUGGUCACUGGAAAGGAAGAAGCAGUACUUAAAGCACGUCGGCUCAUUGUAAAAGAACUCCAAACGCAGGCUGUUGUUGCGAUUCCAAUUCCUAAAGAACAUCAUCGUUAUAUUCUUGGCAAGGGUGGUAAAAAAUUGACUGACUUGGAAUUGAGUACUGCAACUAAAAUCAGUGUACCGCGCCCAGAUGAAAAUUCGGACUUAAUCAGGAUUUCUGGUACUAAAGAGGGUAUCGACCGGGCUCGGCAUGAAAUUCAAUUAAUAUCAGAUGAACAGAGUAAACUGGCAUUUGAACGUUUGAAUAUUUCAAAAAUGUAUCAUCCUUUCAUCUUUGGGCCUUUUAAUGAAACUCUGAAUCAAAUAAUCAAUGAAACUGGCGCUAGAGUCAAUAUUCCUCCUGCUUCUGUAAUGAAGGAUGAACUUACCAUUGCUGGAGAAAAAGAAUCUGUUGCUCAAGCAAAGGCGAAAAUCUUGGAUAUUUAUGAAGAAAGGAAAAAAAAUUGUCAGCAUGUUUCAGUUGAAGUUCCUAAAAAUCAGCAUAAAUAUAUAAUUGGGCCUCGUGGACAAACCAUUCAAGAAAUUUUGCAAGAAACUGGAGUUUCAGUUGAAAUGCCCCCACCAGAUGUUCAAUCAGAUACCAUUACUUUAAGAGGUGAACAAGCUAAAUUGGGACCUGCUUUGACUUUGGUUUAUUCUAAGGCUAAUAGUGUUAAAACUGAACAUUUGGAUGUUCCUAGCUGGUUACAUAAAUACAUUAUUGGAAAGAAGGGCGCAAAUAUCAAACAUACAACCCAAGAUCUUUCAAAGGUUCAAGUUGACUUUAUGGAUGAAAGUAUUAAAGUUGAAGGCCCACCUGAAGAAGUUUAUGAGGCAUGCAAAAGAUUAAGAGAAAUGAUUGAUAACUUAAGAAAACAAGUGGCAUAUGAAGAAAUAAAAGUAAAUCCAGCCUUCCAUCGCCAUAUUAUAGGGAAGAGUGGCUCAAAUAUUAAUAGAUUAAAAGAAGACACUAAAACAUUGAUCAACAUUCCAACGGAUAGCGAUAGUGAUGUUAUUCGCAUUGAAGGACCACCAGAAGGAGUUGCUCAAGUUAAAAAAGAACUUUUAGAAAUGGUCCAUAAAAUGGAAAAUGAAAUCAACAGAGAUCUUGUAAUAGAACAGCGCUUCCAUCGCAAUAUCAUUGGUGCCAAAGGUGAAAAGAUAAGAGAAAUUAGAGAUAAAUUUAACCAAGUAAAUAUUACCUUCCCUGAACCUGGUUUGAAAAGUGAUAAAGUUACUAUCCGUGGACCAAAGUCAGAUGUGGAUGCCUGCUAUAAAUAUUUACAUCGCAUGAAUGAGGAAAUGAAAUUAACUAACUUCAGUGUUGAGGUACCAAUUUAUAAGCAAAAUCACAAAUUCAUUAUUGGAAAAGGUGGAGCGAAUAUUAAAAAGAUAAGGGAUGAAACAAAUACCAGAAUAGAUCUUCCAGCUGAAGGAGCAGAAUCGGAUGUUAUUGUCAUUCGUGGUCGUAGAGAAGAUGUUCUGGCUGCUAAAGAGAAAAUUCUUGCUAUUCAAGAGGAACUGGAUAAUGUUAUCACUCAAGAAAUCAUGAUACCUGCAAAAUUACACAAUUCAAUCAUUGGCACAAAAGGCAAACUCAUUCGGGCUAUUACUGAAGAAUGUGGGGGUGUUACCAUUAAGUUUCCUACUGGAGGAACUGGCAGUGAUAAAGUUUCUAUCCGUGGACCAAAGGAAGAUGUUUUGAAAGCAAAGAAGCGUCUUCUGGAAAUUUCAAAUGAAAAGCAACUUGUUGGAUUUACUGCUGAAAUUAAAGCAAAUCCAGAACAGCACAAGUUUUUGAUUGGCAAAAAUGGAGUUAACAUCAAGAAAGUUCGUGAAAAGACAGGAGCAAGGAUUGUUUUCCCUAAUGAAAAUGAUGACGAUAAGAAUACCAUAACUAUCAUUGGUAGAAAGGAAGAGGUUGAAGCAGCUAAAGCAGAAUUAAAUAGCAUUAUUGAGCAAUUGCAAAACACUGCUGAAUUGACUAUGGAUAUUGAUCCUAAACAUCAUCGCUACUUUGUUGCAAGAGGUGCUGAAGUACUGAAGCAGAUUUCUAAUGAUUAUGGUGGUGUUACCGUAAGCUUCCCUAGAAAUGGCUCAAACAGUAGUAAAGUAAUUUUGAAAGGAGCUAAGGACUUCCUUGAAGGGGCCAAACAGCGCUUGCUGGAAAUAGUGGAAGAUUUGGAUGCCAUGGUGACAUUUGAGUGUGUUAUUCCUCAAGAACAUCAUCGUACUGUUUUGGGAACAAGAGGUACUAAGGUUCAAAAUAUUCAGCGCCAAUAUAAUGUAACUAUUAAGUUCCCUGACCGAGAAAGAGCUGAAGAUUCUGAUAAAGUUACAAUGAAUGGGGAUGCUCACUCUGAUGGACCAGAAGGUGAAACCAACCAGAGAGAUAUUAUCAUUAUUAAGGGGAGACAAGAAAAUUGUGAAGCUGCUGCUAAAGCAUUAAAGGACAGUGUCCCAAUUACUGAAGAAAUGGAAGUGCCAUAUGACCUUCAUCGUUUUAUCAUUGGCCAGAAAGGCAAAGACGUCCGAAGCAUGAUGGAAACGUAUGAUGUCAACAUAAUCAUUCCUCCUCAAAAUGAGCAAUCUGAUGUUAUCACUAUUAAGGGGCCACCAGAAAAUGUUGCAAAAGCUAAAGAGGCUCUGAAAGAAAGGAUUGAACAGUUGGAAUUGGAAAAACAAGAUAGACUGUUGAGAAGCUUUCAACUGACUGUUGAAGUAGAUCCUCAGUAUCAUCCCAAAAUUAUUGGUCGCAAUGGAGCCGUUAUUUCUAAAAUUCGAAAAGAUCACAAUGUGCAGAUCAAUUUCCCUGAACGGGAUAGUGCCAAUGAUAAAGUAAUUACUAUAACAGGAUAUGAAAAAGAUACCGAGGCUGCUAAGGAAGCUAUUUUGAAAUUGGUCCAAGAGCAAGAGGAUAUGUAUAAGGAGGAAGUUUCUAUUGACGCUCGCGUUCAUUCUCGCAUUAUUGGAAGCCGAGGCCGCAAUGUUGUCAAAAUUAUGGAUAUGUUCAAAGUUGACAUUCGCUUCCCUCGAUCAUCUGAUCCAGAUCCUGAUUUAGUUGUAAUCCAAGGUGCUGAAGAUGAUGUCCUGGAUGCUAAAGAUCAUCUCCUGAAUCUCGAGGAAGAAUAUAUACAAGACUUGAGAGAGAGGGAUCUGAUGCGGCAAUAUACCAUGCCACCCAGUCGCAAUGGCACCCAUGAGCAUGAAACCAACCGCAAUGACAAAGGCUUUGUCGUUAAAGGGGCUCCAUGGGACAAGAAGGGUGCAGCUCCAGAUACCACAAAUACACAAGAAUUCCCGUCCUUUGGCUCCGGGGGAGAUAUGCCUCCCAAGCCUGUAGCCUGGGGUCCCUCGCGCCGUUAAAUAUGCAAUGAAAAAAAAUUAUAUUUUCUGCAAUAGCUCUGCAAUUCCUUUUGGGCAUAUAGAGGAGUUUGGGGCUUUUGCAUAGAUUUCAGAAUCUCCUAGUGCCACACCUCACUCAUCUGUUCCGGAAGUGUUCUUCCAAAAUAAAAAUGAAAAAUAUGUCUGCAAUAUUUGGACAGCUUUUGGGGUGAUGGUAUCAAUAUUUUUUUAGCUAAUAUACCAUGGGUAGGUUUUUACAUUCGUUCAAGCCAAACAUUGCUGUUUCAUAAAAUUGUUUUUUGAAUUUGCCUGUUGUAAAAACGAAUCAACUUUUCCCCACUUGUUUCCAGUCACUUGAAACUAUCUAUGCAAUCAGUGUAUUUUUCUGCAGAGCAAUAAUUAACUUUAAGAAAGUUAACAACUCUACUUUAAAUGUGGACAUUUGUUUACCAAUUGAAUUUUUAUGUAUAGAGAUAAUUCUAUAAUUUGAUUCAGUGUGAUAAGGUGCUAUGAAUGUAUAAUUUUGUAAAGUUCUACCUGAUUGCUGAGCAAUAGUGUGUUUGAAUGAAAUUUCGGCAUAUCAACUUUAUUUUGAGGUGUUGCGCCUGGGGUUGUUAUAUGAAACAGAAUAGAUUUAUCUGGUGCCAUGCAAUUGUUUAAAGACACCAGAUAAUCGGAUUCUUUGUAUAUUCCUCCAGAUUGUAUUAUAAAAAUGAAAUAAAAGAACUUUCCAGUA